UCUCGAGGUGUGAGGAACUGAAAACGGCUCUUCACGCGGCCCGAUAAAAUAGCACUGAAUCCAGUUGUAUAACAAAUAGACAAACGUUUCUGCGUGUGUAUUUACUCGGUAAUGUCGGCAGCAACAUUUGUGGAAACGGAACCGUCUAUUGGCAUAUGCUGUCGUCCUGUGUUAAGGUGUAGCUGUCUCCAUGGCGACCAGCGUGGUACCCGGGGAUAACCUGCCCACAUAUAAGCUGGUGGUGGUUGGAGACGGAGGCGUGGGGAAGAGCGCGCUCACCAUACAGUUCUUCCAGAAGAUCUUUGUCCCGGACUACGACCCCACCAUCGAGGACUCGUACCUCAAACACACCGAGAUCGACGGCCAGUGGGCCAUUCUGGACGUUCUGGACACGGCGGGGCAGGAGGAGUUCAGUGCGAUGAGAGAGCAGUAUAUGAGGACAGGAGACGGCUUUCUCAUCGUGUUUUCAGUCACUGAUAAAGCCAGUUUUGAACAUGUGGACCGUUUCCACCAGCUGAUUCUGAGAGUGAAGGACAGGGAGUCGUUUCCCAUGGUUCUGGUGGCUAAUAAAGUCGACCUGGUGCAUUUACGUAAGAUCACUAGUGAGCAGGGACACGAGAUGGCCUUCAAACACAGCAUCACGUAUAUUGAAACAAGUGCAAAGGAUCCACCCAUGAAUGUAGACAAAGCAUUUCACGAGCUCGUCAGAGUGAUACGCCAGCAGAUCCCAGAACGGGGCCUGAAGAAGAAAAGGAAAGCUAAAUGGCGGGCAGAUAGACCUUCGGGUUCCCAGAGGCUUCACUGCGUCUUACUGUGACCGCACACCCUCUAUCUCAAUGCCGCGUCAAUGCCGCGAUGAUGACUCUGUGACACGGACUGUUAAAACACACACACAGCUAUGAUUAAUAUCCAGGAACUAAAGGACACAGCUUGAAUAUUCCAUAAUUAAUGAUGAAAUUCCCCAAAAUAUGGAAUUUCAGCCAAUUUUCAUGGGAUUUCCUUAGCAGGUGAAAGCCUGGAUGAUCUGACAGAAUUCUAGCGCUGUACUCUCACAUUAUCUCUCAGAGAAAAAUUCAGAGACAAGCUUUCUGAGGCCUUGUUUUGUAUUGUGUUUCUAUAUUUAUUGUGCUGAAUUCUAUAUUGUUAAUUGAUUGUUAAUACAGCAUAACGGCUUUGAAAACAACAAGGGAACAGAUGGGACUCAAGUUGCACAACUGGCAUUUAUAGAUACAGUAAACUCCUAAGGCGAGGGAAAUACUGGUUACCAUUGUCAAUCAUUUGUUUUUAUGAAGAAAAUUAAGAUAUGUUGUCAAAACAAAAGGAAAAAAAUGCAUCCGUUUACACAUACGACAUUAAAAUAAUGCAAUCAUGUAAAAAACAUAAUAGCACAAAGUGUGUAAAAGUUUUUAAUUAAAAAGUUUUAUAAAUUUACAUGACGUCAACAACAAUUUACUAUAAAAGUACUUGUUUUGGCUUGUUACAUAUAAAUACAGUUUUACUACUCUAAGUAUAUAUGUUCUAAUUCUGAAUUUACGUCUCGCAAUUCUGAGUUUAAACCUCUCAAUUCUAAGAUUAUAUGUCGCAAUUCUGAGUUUACGUCUUGCAAGUUUAUGUUUUGCAAUUCUGAGUUCAUGUCGCAAUUCUGAAUUAACGUCUCACAAGUUUACUUCUAACAAUUCUGAGUUUGUAACUUGCAAUUCUAAGUAUAUAUGUUCUAAUUUUGAAUUUACGUCUCGCAAUUCUGAGUUUAAAACCUCUCAAUUCUAAGUUUAUCUCGCAAUUCUGAAUUAACGUCUCGCAAGUUUAAGUCUCACAAUUCUGAGUUUGUAACUCGCAAUUCUAAGUUUAUAUAUCACAAUUCUGAAUUAAUGUCUCACAAGUUUAAGUCUCACAAUUCUGAGUUUAAACCUCUCAAUUCUAAGUU